AUGGGUUUCGGAGAACGAAAAGCAUAUUUUCUUUCAAUACGACCAAAUCCAAAGUUUGCGACAUGGUUUGGAAAGAAGAAGCAUCUUCCAUCGCCAGACAGCAACAAAAACAAAAUAUUACUUCCAAUGGCACCAGUGCCCGUUCGCCAGCUACCUGAGAAAAGCCCACGUGAGGAAGAUGACGACGAUGACGACAGUCGUCGUUCAGUAAAAAAGGGAAUCAAUGCCAAGAAUCCAUUUAUAAAAGGAUGCCCUUUCUGGACAGUGGCAACUGGGUUAGUGGAUAAUGUCUGGAAGAUUGAUAACAGACGAUGA